AGUCCCAGAGGUUAAGUGACUUGUCCAGUGAAGAAAAGAUGGAAUUGCCACUCGUCCCCAGAUUGUCUGGAUCCUAACAUCAAUAGCCUGAAAAGAUAUAGUCUGCCUCUUACACCCAACCAAGAAGCUCUGUUCAAUUCGUAGAGCUGAGAGAGAAGAACAGGGAGACUGGAAAUAUGAAGAAAGGGGAAUGGCCCCAGAGGAUUUCCCUGUGUGAAUCCAAGUUACCUUUAUUCAAGUGGGAGAUUAUAGGUUAUAUAACCACCCCCCACAUAAAGUACUCUUCCCCAAUGACAUUCAAACCCGGAAAUCUUAAAUCCCAGGGUGUUCAGAUUUCAGUAUAAGCUGAUCUCCCAGGACCUAUUUAGGCAGGAUCUCAUGCCCAGGACAGAACCUGCCUACCUGGCACCAUGGGGCUGGGAUGGGCCCUCACCAUGUUUCUGGAACUCUUCUUCUCUUGCCUGCUCAUCUUCGUUGCCUGGAAACGAAUGAAUAAGGGAGGAAAGCUGCCUCCAGGUCCCACACCAGUUCCUUUCUUGGGGAACCUGCUGCAAGUUCGAACUGAUGCUGUCUUUCAGUCUUUCAUGAAGCUCAGUGAGAAAUACGGCCCUGUGUUCACUGUGUACAUGGGUCCCCGGCCAGUGGUUGUUUUAUGUGGACACGAAGCAGUGAAGGAAGCCUUGGUGGACCAGGCGGAUGACUUCAGUGGCCGUGGACAAUUGGCUUCAGUAGAGCGAAACUUCCAAGGUUAUGGUGUGGCUCUGUCCAAUGGAGAACGAUGGAGGAGUCCCCGACGCUUCUCCCUGACCAUCCUUCAGAACUUUGGGAUGGGAAAGCAGAGCAUUGAGGAGCAAAUUCAGGGUAGGAACUCCUACCUACUGGAGGAGUUCCAGAAGACCAAGGGUGCCCCCAUCGACCCCACCUUCUUUCUGGGCCGCAGCGUCUCCAAUGUCAUCAGUUCCGUUGUCUUCGGAAGUCGCUUCGACUAUGAGGACAAGCAGUUCCUGAAACUGGUGCAGUUGGUCAAUGAUUUCAUUGAGAUGAGCACUCCCUGGACACAGCUAUAUGACAUGUACUCUGGAAUCAUGCAGUAUCUGCCAGGAAGGCACAAUCGCGUCUACUGCUUGAUAGAAGAGCUCAAGGACUUCGUUGCCUCCAGAGUCAAGAUCAAUGAAGCAACCUUUGACCACCAAAACCCCCAGGACUUCAUUGAUUGCUUUCUCGUCAAGAUGCACCAGGAUAAAAAUAAUCCUCAUACAGAAUUCAACCUCAAGAACUUGGUCCUCACCACUCUGAACCUCUUCUUUGCUGGCACGGAGACCGUGAGUUCUACUUUGCGCUAUGGAUUCUUGCUGUUAAUGAAGCAUCCUGAGGUGGAAGCUAAGAUCCUCGAAGAGAUUAACCAGGUAAUUGGACCACACCAGCUCACAAGUGUGGAUGACCGGGUCAAGAUGCCCUACACAGAUGCCGUCAUCCAUGAAAUACAGAGACUGAUAGACAUUGUGCCCGUGGGUGUCCCCCACAACGUCACCCGGGACACUCAGUUUCGAGGUUACCUUCUGCCCAAGGGCACAAACGUACUUGCCCUCCUUGGCUCUGUCCUCAAAGACCCCAAAUACUUCCGCUAUCCAGAUGCCUUCUAUCCCCAGCACUUCCUGGAUGAGAACAGGCGCUUCAAGAAGAAUGACGCCUUCGUGCCUUUUUCCUCUGGAAAGCGCAUCUGCCUGGGUGAGGCCAUGGCCCGCAUGGAACUCUUUCUCUACUUCAUCCUCAUCCUUCAGAACUUCUCUCUCCGCUCACUGGUGCCGCCUGCAGACAUCGAUAUCACCCCCAAGCUCUCAGGCUUUGGCAACAUCCCCCCGACCUAUAAGCUCUGCCUCGUGGCCCGCUCAGCCCAACCUCCUGUGGGGCAGGGAGGAAGCAGCGAAGAACUCAGCUCUCCUCUCCUCUCCUCUCUUCUUCGUCUUAGUAAUCCUGGCAGCAUCCCUUAGAGAAGGCACUAUGAUUACAGAGUCAGCCAGGCUCACCUGAGUAUCUACAGCUGUGUGUCUCCCCGCCCCCCGCCCGCUAGAAGAGCAAUGCCCCAUGCAAGAUGUGCGCCUCUGCGCAGGUUCCCUGGGUGCCUGGUCAACGGUGGUUAGGUUUCCGGCCGCAUCAGUUCUUAUUGUAGACCCGGUGUCUUCAUGUCGUUCCUUUCUUUUCUCUAAAGAACAGUGUGUUAACGUGUU